AUGCUUAUCCAUAGACGACUUUCAGGAGAGAGCGCACAUCGAAAAAUUGAGUUGCCUCCUGAUACAAUUUAUCUAUACCUUAUAGCUAUGCGAAUUUUAUUAUACUCAUCGUUCUUUAUUUGUCUUGCGGCUUCCUUACCCUUCUUUAAGGGGUUAGAGGAGUCUAAUGAGAAAAAGUUAAUCAAAUUAGGACCCCAAGAAUAUAAAAUAAUCAAUGAAAAUGAUAAGCUUUCCUUGAAAAGAAGAAAUGUCAAUUUUAUUGAUGUAACUAAUCACAUUCCUAUAGAAGAUGCUAUUGAACAGGGGAUAGUUCAAAACCCAAAAACUCCAUUUCUUACUCGAAUUUUCUCCUUUGGGUCAAAGCAAGUGUCAUUUUUAGAGAAGAAAAUUCCAGUUUAUAACUAUCCAACUGCAGUUGAUAAUUUCGAAGAAGUAACGAAGAUUUUCAAACGAAUUGACACGGAUAGAAUGUUCAAUAACUUGAGCAAAUUUACAUCUUUUUAUACUAGAUACUAUAAAUCAAAAACUGGACUUGAAAGUGCCGAUUGGCUUUAUGAAACCUUAUCGACUAUAAUUCAACCUCUAGACAACAAUGCAAAAAUCACAAAAUUCCAUCACAAUGGUUGGGAUCAAUACUCAAUUAUUGUAUCCAUCAUUGGUAAGCUGACUGACAAAGUCAUAGCUGGUGCUCAUCAAGAUUCAGCAAAUCUAAUAUUUCCUAACCUUAUGAAGGCACCCGGUGCAGAUGAUGAUGGUUCUGGCACGGUCACUCUAUUAGAAUCACUAAGGCUUAUAGUUGAAGAGUAUGUUGCUGGUCGCUUUGUUCCCAAAAAUACUUUAGAGUUUCACUUUUACUCUGCCGAAGAAGGCGGAUUAUUAGGUUCGCUAGAUGUAUUCACAAGUUACUCUGCCAAUAAUGAAGUUGUACUUGGAAUGUUACAACAAGAUAUGACAGGGUAUACUGCUUCCACAGUUGAUGCUGGUAUCGAGCCCCAUGUUGGAUUAAUUACUGAUUAUACUACUGUUAAUUUGAAUAAUUUUUUGAAAUUGAUUAUUGAUAGUUAUCUUUCAAUUACAUAUCAUGAAACAUCUUGUGGGUAUGCAUGUUCUGAUCAUUCAUCAGCUCUUGAAAAUGGGUAUCCUUCAGGAUUUGUAAUUGAAAGUGAAUUCAAGUAUGUUAGUAAGUAUAUCCAUUCUGCUAUGGAUACUAUCGACAGGCUUGAUUGGAACCACAUACGGGAACAUGUCAAACUCACCACGGCGUAUGCUUACGAAUUAGGCUUAGCCACAAACUUACAUUAA